AUGUUGCCGGAAGGAGUUGUAGUCGAAGAUUUGGAAGGUCCUGAGAGCGAGGUGCUUGACGAGCGGUACGACUUCGACAAGCUCAUCGAGAUGGCCAACGAGUACUCCAACGAGAAAUAUCCAGAUCUCCAUAUCAACGUGAGCAAAUCUGAAUUGAAGACGAUUUCUUCUCAAUUAUGGGAUCUUGAUGUGAAUAGAGCUGGAUCAGGAGAUAUUAAGAUAAAUCUACAGGGAAAAACUCCUAGAAAUAACAAUGAAGAUGGGGCUGAUGAAACAUUGUUUUCUUUUGUAAAUGAAGAUUUACUUCAAAAAGAAACAUAUCGAAAAAUGAUUGCACUUUUCGAUAAUUAUCAACCGGAUUUGAGACAAGAAGAGCGAGAUACGGAUGAGAUGAAUGUGAUUUUGACCAAGCCCGUAUUGCUCAAAGUUUUUGAUUUCCUGAAAGAAAAAGGCCAUCCAUUUGCAUCAAGUAAAAAAGAAUUCCGGGCACAAAUACGAAAAUUAUGGUUUGGACGAUUCUCGAGGAGUAAAUCGGCAAAGAACAAUCACAUAAAGGAUACGAGUGCAUUUGAGCACACUUUUAUUGGAGAGUUAAAUAGACGACGAGUUUCUGGAAUGCAUAACUGGGUACGGUAUUAUCUUUUAGAAAACGAUGAGAAUGAACAGAUUGAUUAUCGAGGUCAUUACUUCUCUAUGAAGGAAGAUAUCGUUGUUGUUUCGUAUAAAUGGAAAGGGAAAAAUAUGAAGAAAAUUGGGGGAUUUUUCGUUGGAACAAGUCCCGAAUAUGAAAUCGCUGUCUACACUCUUUGCUUUUUAGUGAAAAGAGGGAAAUCUUGUGCGAUCACAGUCAAUGGAUGUCCGGUCACUUUGAUCACUCAUGCUUGGAGACAGGAAAAUGAUAUAUUCAUUGAUCACAUUUACCCAAAAAUCUAUGAGAAUGGCCAAUGUGUGAGCAAU